UGGGAAUGGAUAUUUGAAGGUCGGAGAGAAAGGGGAGGUUUGGCAUGGCUACUGUCUAGGCUUAAUGUGUAGUAGCAACACGUGUGUACUUAAGAUAGCAUUUCUGUUUUAUGUGAGUAGUGAGUCCUAUCUUCAGACAUCAGUCUGUAUGAUAAUUUCCAUAUAAUAACUUUUGAAGUGGUAGUCAUGGAUUUCUCGUCCGAGGGAGCCGGCGGCUCUGGGAAGGUAGACACAGGGAUGAUCAUGGAGCAGGUGAAAGUCCAGAUAGCGGUAGCAAAUGCUCAGGAGCUGCUGCAGAGAAUGACCCACAAAUGUUUUAACAAGUGCAUUGGAAAGCCAGGAAGUUCUCUAGACAACUCGGAACAG